AUGAAGAUGGAAGCAUAUUUCCGCUUACCUGAUGGCAAGCAGAGCUUUAGCCCCUUUGAUGGUGAAUGCAAGGAGAGCUUCGCUUCCGGCAUUGACGUACUCUUCGAAUUUGGCAUCGUGCAGCACAUUCCAUGGACCUGGGUAACGACCGUGAAUGGCAAGCUGGUCUUGGACCAGGAGGCAAGUGAUGGUCAAGAAGUCAAGAAAGAAGAGGAGCUGCGCAUGCAAAAGGAAGAGCAGGAGAAGAGACAUAAGCUGCUCAGGUUGGGCAAGUUUUUGCAAAACAAGACGAUGCACGCCUUCCGGCGGGAUGCCCGUGCCAUUCGGCGCGAGCAUGCUGAGCGAGUGAAGCAACAAGAAGAGGAGCAGCAACGAAAAGAAGCAGAGCAAAGGAGGAAGGAGGAGGAGCAGCGGCGGCGUGAGCACCAAGAGCAGCAGAGGACCUGCACUUUGUGA